UUAGUAAGCUUAAGCCUUUCAAAUUGCAAUCUGUCAAAUGAUGAUCUUAUGAAAAGUCUUGGUAGCUUAUCUGUGUUGCAAGAUUUGAAUCUUAGUGAGAAUCCAAUUUCUAGCCUACCGGAGAGCAUCAAAGGUCUUAAUGUGCUCCAAUCACUUAGGUUAUCUCGUUGCACUAGACUCCAAUCACUGCCAGAACUUCCAAUGAGUUUAGAAAUGUUGAAUAUAGAUGGAUGUAGCUCACUGGGAAUGGUAACAAAUCUUCCUAACUUGUUGAGAUCUCUGAUUUUGGACUCAAGUGAUUGCAAAAAACUAGUUGAGGUUCAGGGGAUGUUCAAGUUAGAGCCUAUUGGCAAUGCUGGUGCAGAAAUGAUUUACAACUUGGGCCUAGUUGAUUUGGAAUCCAUGGGAAGCCUUGAGGUGGAAUUGCUGAACAACAUGACAUCCACAAGAAAGAAGGGUCCACUUCAAGUGCUCUGUGUGUGUGUGUGUGUGUGUGUGUGUUUAUGUAUGUAUAUGUGUAUAUAUAGUUGUUUGCAUAAUUGAUCGUUAAUGUUAUUUUGAAUACCAUGGCACAGGGACUGUAUGAAUGUGGUAUAUACAACAUAUGUGUUCCUGGGAAUGAGGUGCCAGGCUGGUGUAGCAAUAAGAGAAAGGGGUCCUCAAUAUCAUUUAAUGUGCCUUUAGUCCUUAAUCUCAAGAUUGUAGCCUUGAACGUAUAUAUUGUCUAUGCAUUUGCCAAUGAUAUAAGCCUUGAAAGCUAUCAACCUGAACAUAUUAAAAUCAACAAUAAGACCAAAGGUCUGAGGUGGAACUACAGCCCAAUGUUCAGAGGCAUUCCCGAUGACAACAGUAUGAUAUGGUUUAGCCAUUGGGAAAUUGGGCAUCUUUUGAUGGAAGGUGGCAAUAAAAUGAAUCUCUCUGCGACUGUUGAUGAGAUUUUUCAGGUAAAGGAAGUUGGAGUCCAGAUUGUGUAUGAUGAGUGUGAAGAGAUAGGCAUUCAACACCACAAUGCCCAUCCUACUCAUCACAAUGUCAUGAAUGUUGGAGAUUUAUCCGAAUAUCAUGUAAGAACAGGCUCAUACUUUCUAUGCCAUCAUUGUUAUGAUAUCCAUCAAGACUACCACCAAGACGGUUGGUCGCCUGAGACAGACAAGAUUUUAUUUGAGAACUCAGAAGAAACAACAGGGUUUACAGAUGAAGAAUGAAGAAAAGAAGAUAGAAAGGAAGGAUAAUAGCACAAGGGUGACUUGCUGCUGGCAAUGGCUGGGACGAGAACAUUAGUAAACUCCCUUUUUCUUUGAUAUGUUUUUGUUUUACUCAAUUUUAUUGAUUAUUUGCAAUAAUAACCCUUGUGUUAUUCUAGCGCCACCUUCCGAAAAUGCUGAGAUUUGAUAUUGAAAACAACAUAACAAUAUUUAUGUUUUCGGAUAUUAAUGACUAAAGAAGCUUUAUCUGAGCAUGAGCAGGCCAUGAAAGGACUACCAUGUUCUGAAAUCGAUGGUCAGUCCCAGGCAGUGAAGGUAUCAACCAUUGGUCAACUCUUGGUGAAGGGACUAGCAAAAUCAAUUGUGAUGGGACUUUCAGCCUUUCUAAGAAUGCUGUUGCAUUUGGAAAAGAAGGGAGACUUAUCCUUCUGCCAAACUGGAUGUCCUGAAGGAGCUGAUGCAGGUUUGUGCUUCAGAUUUUCCGUCUUUGGAUUUGUUCUUGGAUUAUUCAUGGAGUCAUAAUGGAACCUGCUCAAUUGACACAGCACCAUAUUUUGUCAUAAAUUUUGAAAGUCCAACCAAAAUAAGAGUUUACAUGUAUGAAAUUACAAGUGGUAAAUCAAUAACAAAUAAUAUAUAGUAUUCUUUUCACUUGAUUUGAGUCUCCAAUAAUUCCUUUUUAGUUUCCAUUGUCCUUAUUUUUUCAGCAGUUCCAAUUUCUUCUGUUUACAAUUCAGCCCAAUCUGCACUGAAUCCGGCUAUUUUCUAUCUUGUAUUGGUAAAUUUAGAAACAUUUUAGCGAUUUGUUCAGGCAGUCUAAGGGAGCCAAAUUCUAU